AUGUCACAGGACUUGGCCAAAGGACCGCGGCCGUACGUGCCAGCUGUGCAGUCCACUCUGGCGGCUGCUUGCCCCGAGCGUUUCUGUGUGGCGCCAGAGGUGGGGCUACCGACAUUGGUAGCGGAGCUCUGGCGGCCUGCCAUCUCCUGGAACUACACCUUGGCCGAGCUCUACAACCUCCUGCUGGACGAGGACUUCUGUUUGGAGCCCUACUUCGGCUGCUGGUGGUGCUGCGUGGUGCUCUUGGCCUUUGACCCGGUUCUGGACUUGCCCUUCCACCAGGUCCGACUCCAAUGGGAGAAGACACAACCUCAUAAGAGGCGACACCUUGGACCUGACCUUGCAAGCAGGUUGACAGGACGGGCAUGGGGCGUCACUGCGGACCUCAACCACCGGCUCCUGGCUAAGAAGAACGGCACCAAAUACCUACUUCGGGUACUACGUGACCGUCUUUGCAGAACAGCAGUACCAGAUGCAGGAGCUCGUCUUGAAGACCUUCUCAUACGUCUGAGACGUCCCUUGGGAAUGACGAUGAGCCAAUGGAGCAAUGAGGUCAUGGAGACCUAUCGCAAGGUGCAGCGUGCUCUGAUGAGGGCACAACAACAACAGAGAGAGCGAUCACCGAAGAAAAACAAGAAGAAGACCGAGAGCAUGAGCGCUCAGUCUGAGCCACAGGCCGAACCACCGAGCCCUACGAGAUCACCAACUGGAAGAUCACCUACUACCCGAGCUGCUGCUGAACCUCAUGCCGAAGCUGACGGAUCCCAAGGAGAAGGAUAUGUUCCUAUCCCUCAAGCUGACCCUGAUGAAGAACACCGUGAAUGGACUGAUGAGGAGUGGAAGCAAUGGUACAAGGAGAAACACAAAGUCUGGGAAGAGGACUCCUCAUCAUCAGGUGAGGAUUUGCCUUGGGAUGAGUUGGAGGUCGCUGAACUCCAGGUCUUGCCGGAUGAGAUCUUGGGAUGGCUCUUGUUGAGAAGAGCAAACUGGUCAGCAUCUUCAAGGUUGUCGGUGCAGGCAAGUGUUCAGAACUCCCUCAGUUUUAGGGACAUCGAAAUGGCACUGAGCGAUCAAGAAGAAGAACUUCUACAAGCGGAUCAACAGCGUCACCCGCAUGGGAAGAAGCGCACCUUUUGGGUGGAGGAACAAGGUCAAUGGGGCCUCGUCAGUUUUCCUGAGGAGAACCUUGACGAGGCCACGGACAUUCUAUGGGUUGGAGAUCGUCUACCCCCUGAAGUAUAUGGACACGAUCCUCCUGAUGGAGCUCUACAAGGUUCUGGCGACAAUGAGGAGGUCUAUUGGCACUAUGAUCAUGACGGAUGGCAUGGAUAUGUCCCUGAUGGCCAAGGGUACUGGAUGGAAACUGAUGGCUAUGGUACCUAUUGGUCUGCAGAGGACGCUCUUUGGGAAGAACUUUCACCUGAGGAGCACAAAGAACUGGAUGAGGCAUUUGCAGCCUACGAGACAAAGGCAAGAACCUUCUUGCAGAGCCGUGAACUCCAACGAGCAAAGGGUAAGAGCCGAGGCCAUGGAUUCCGCAACUGUCCGAAGCGAAACAACAAUGGCUCACCUGGGGGCCACCACAACAAGGGCACCAAGAAGGGCACCUUUUGGGUAGAAGCUGUGACGCCAAGUCCUUUGGCCUUUGUGGGCAUGGUGGCACAGGCGUCAAAGCGGAUUAUGGAUACAACAGGAUAUGGGGUGCUUGACCUUGGUGCUACCGAGACGGUUGGCUCUCUUGAAGCUUUGGAGAGCUUGAUGGCACUUCGUCAUCAACAAGCUGGAGAAGAUGAACAGAUCCAAGUGUUCACUGGGCCUUCAGUGAACAAACCUUUUCGCUUUGGCAACGGUGGCAUCAAGUUCUCCGAGUCCUACGUGCUGAUCCCUCAACGACUUGGAGAAGCUCGUGUGAUGCUGGGCCUCUACACCAUCGACGCCAACAAGGUUCCCAUCCUCAUCGGCAUGAAGACCCUUGAGAAGUUGGGGGCCAUCAUUGACGUGCAAGGACAAUGCAUGGUCCUGGCAAAUGUGGCACCAGAUUUCAAAAUCCCCUUGGGAAAGAGCCAUGCGGGACAUUUGCUGGUGGAUUUGACUUCCGACUGGCUUAGCGUUGGUCAACCUCUGAAGACUCAACUUGCUGGAGUCUACAAAGCGCAAGCUGCUGAAGUCGGUCAAAGUGUUGAGUUGAAUGAGAAAGUUGUGACAGCUUGCAUGACCACGUCAACAGCACUGAUGGCCGAAGCCGUGGAUGAUCCAGCAGUUGACCAACAUGAGGCUUCAGGUGAAGAAGGUGAGACUGAAGAGAACCCAACAGUGUUCAUGCUUGACCCUCAUGACCAUUCCCGGCAACCUUUGGUUCAAGCUGAUCAGACGAUGCGAGACGGCAUCAUUCAGAAGGUGGUGCCGCCGGAAGAGCGGUUCGACUUCGAACGGAUGGAACUGAUGAACCCCAACGAUCCCAGGUCGUUGGGCCCUCCGUGCCACGGAGAGCACGAAGUCGCUCCUCCAGGACGGGGCUCAGUGACGGGUUCAAACCGACAUGCGAUGUGGGAGGGAUGCCUCCACUGCGGCAUACGGAUGAAGUAUGUGCCGGCGUUUGGCGCCCAUGCCAUGUCACGCAAAGCCGGACCCCUGGGGAGCGACGUUGCCAAGCAGAUGGAGGAGAAGAAGCCCGCGGCAGGCAGCAUGGAGCUGCAGAACCAGAAGAUCAGCCUGGACGCGGCCGAGAGAUCCCUCAAGGACCGCCUGACCACUAUCCAGAAGCAGAAGGAAGAUUGGGUCAACAUGCAGAAGAAGAAGGACAACUACGCCCAGCGCACCAAAGACCUCGCUGGAGGAUACCCGAAAGGCCCUGUGGGCCCCGACAAGACCCAAUCAACUUCGAUGCCUUCUCAGGGUGGUGGCAGCGCCGAGGACUACAUGAUGAGCCAGACACCAGGACGAAAGUCCAUUCGCAAGGCGGAGAUGACAUCGGAAGAGGCGGAGCUCAUGACCAAGCAGGAGUUCAUGGAGAAGAAGGAGGAGGAAGAAGAGUGGCAGAAGGUGAACAAGGAGUUCUACGUCCUUGCCGAGGUCUACAUCAGCAUCAACUUCGAAGCCAUUGCCGAGCUCUACGUCGUACAGUACAUCAAGACCCUUGGAGAGCUCUAUGUCUUCCAGUGCUUCGAGGCCUUUGGAGAGCUCUAUGUCUUCCAGCCCUACGAGACCAUUGGAGAGCUCUUUGUCCUCAAGCCCGUUGACACCCUUGAGGAGACCUACGGUAGGAGUUUCACAUCUGAAGGCAUUUUGCCAGCAGGGUCUGCAUCAAAGAGGAGGAAGACGGCGAGUCAAUCUGGGGAGACGUCACCUACGACUGAGGAGAAGAUGACGCCCGAGGAGACAGCUUUUCUGGUCUCAGAGAUGGAGCAGUAUGUGAUGGAGUGUGAGGAGCUCUUUCAUGGACUUCAUGCACCUCACUAUGAAGGUCGUCUUCCCACAGUGAUGGAAUUAUGCUGUGAGGAAGACAGUGGAGUGACCAAAGCCAUGGAAUCACUUGGAGGUCGUGGCCUUCGCUGUGGACUUUUCAAUGGCUGCGACCUCAGUAAGAAGUCAGGCUUCAACAAAGUGAUGCACCUGCUCCAGACUGAAAAGCCAGAUGUGCUUUUGGUUUCCCUGCCAUGUGGACCAACGUCCAACAUCCAAGAGCUCAACAAGCUCACGGAGGAGGGGCGCAUCAAGAACGAAAAGAAGGUGGAGCGCUCAAAACGAUUGGCAAGCCGAGCCGUCACUUUGAUGCAGCAACAAGUACGACAAGGAGGAGAAGUCAUACAAGAAUGGCCACGCCACAAUAAGGCUUGGCAUUUCCGAUCCAUCCGUGGAUUUUGGGGCUCUUUGGACUUUCAUGAAGCCCAGGUGGAUGGAUGUGCUUAUGGACUUACAGCACCGAAAGGCGGCUUGAUCAAGAAGCCUUGGAGAUGGAGAAGCACGACAAAGAAGAUCUGGCAACUUCAACGGCUAUGCCAAUGUCAACAACCACAUGUUCCCUGUGAAGGUGGCGAGUUGACACGCCUGUCAGCUCUUUAUCCACCGAGACUGUGUUCACAGGUGGCCCGACUGGUAAAGCUCAUUCACCUUGAGAAUGAAGCUCAGAUCUUCACCGUGCAGAACUCUCCAGACUAUGACACGGAGGUCCUCAAGAAGCACACCGAUCAGGAGCUCAUGAAAGUGGCAGCCGACUUGAUGUCACUGCACAAGAAGCUUGGACAUCCUAGCAAACAGGUGUUCGUCAAAAUGCUUCGUGAUCGAGGAGCCUCAACGAUGGUCAGAACCAUUGCGGCCAACCUCCAUUGCAUGGAUUGCCAAGAAGCGUCAAUCCCACCUUCGAGGAGAGCAGUCACCCUGGAAGGAGCAACACAGCUUUGGGAUUGCCUACAGUUGGACAACAUGGAGAUCACUGUGGGCGAGGAGACCUUCCACUUUCAGGUCAUCAUUGACGAAGCUUCAUCCUACGGGGCAGCGAACUUCCUCUUCAAGCACCCGGUGGCGAAGAGUCGUAACCCGACUACUGAAGAAGUUCUACAAGCUCUGUACCGUGGGUGGAUCCAACACUUCGGCUAUCCCAAGUGCAUCAAGCUGGACAAGGAAGGUGCACAUCGUGGAAGAAGCUUAGAAGAAUGGGCUGAAGGACAUGGAGUUGAAGUCCAAGCGAUUCCUGCCGAAGCUCUUACCCAGAUCAGUCAGGUUGAAAGACUGAUUGGUGACCUGAAGUCAAAACUGAUGGCACAUCUGAGGUCAUCAGGGGGUCCUCCAGAAGUAGCCACCUGGGCUAUGGUGGCUGCCCACAACUCCAUGACCAAUGUUGGAGGAUACUCACCUAUGCAAUGGGUUUUUGGCCGAAACAUGACUGAAGGAGAUCGUCUUCAUGAUGGACCAGAUCUGCCCUUUUGGAGUGGUCUCAACUCCGAUGAGAAGAUGCACCGUCAACUACAAGCUCGUCUCGAUGCUGAACAAAGACAUCGGGAGAUGACCUACCAGAACAAGAUCAACCAGGCCUUCAACACGAAGAUGCAACAUCCAGUUCGUUUCCAACCAGGAGACCUUGUGUAUUACAAACGUUUUCAAGCUCCACAAGACAAAGCUGAGCGAUCACACCAACUUUUGGACUUGUCAAGGAGAAGAGUGGCCAGAUGGUUUGGACCAGCACGAGUCUUGGCUAUGGAAACCAAGACAUCCUAUGAAGGACAGGUGCGACAAGCACAUGCGGUGGCCUGGAUCAUUGCCUCAGGGCGACUCAAGCGAGUGAUGGCCAAUCAACUACGCUUUGCUUCCGAUAGGGAGAAGGUCAUCGCUGAAACAACUACACCCCUGGCCACACCAUGGACUUUUCAGGACUUGACCAACCUCAUCUCCAAGGGCGAGUUCGAUGACGAGUUGAUCACUGCAAAACAACAAGCUCAAGCUGAGAGAAGGUUGAGCAUGGGUCGCUUGGUGGUGGAACAAGAACGUGCUCCUAAACGACCUCUACAACAUCAACUGGUGGAUGAUGUCGAAGCAACGGGGCAUUCUCACAAAGAAGCACGAGGUUCUGAAGCUCCUGUACCCGAUGAUGUGGACUUGGAUGAUCUACGUCAUCAAGAACAACCUGAACUGGAUGGAGAGCGCUUGGUGGCUGACCCAGGAUAUCUACCUCUGCAACCUCCUGGGCCUUUUCUACAACAAGCAGUUCAACCUGGCGGAGAUCUACCUCAUGGCGAAGGACCACCACUUCUUCAACAUGGACCUUUUCGACGUGCACGACAGCGUCAUGAGUUGCUGGAGAGACCUUACCAUGUCCAACGCAAAGAAUAUCUCGAAGAACAAGGAGCUCACUAUGUCAAGGACUCCAUCGACUUUGGGGACUAUGUCUUUGCGGUGACUCUACCAGAACCAGCAAAUGAGAAGGAGUGGAGGGCCAUUGUGAAGGACCCCUCAAAAUUUGUAGCAAAACGCGUCGCCAAAGGCGUGGAAGUGUCCUACCAGCGCCUCAAUGAGGAGCAGAGGCGUGCGAUGAAAGAGGCUAAGCAUGCCGAGAUCUCUGAAUGGCUGGCUUCACGAGUCUGCCAAGCUGCUGUUGGGCCCGUUCCCAAUGACCGGCUCAUGCGGAUGAGGUGGGUGCUUACCUUCAAACAAGCUGAUCAACCAGGGCUUGUUAAAGCAAAGGCCAGACUGGUCGUGCUUGGCUUCACAGACCCGGACUAUGGGGCUGUGGCAGUGCGCUCACCGACUCUGAGCCGACGUGGUCGUCAACUUCUACUUCAAGCUGGAGUUCAUCGACACUGGCAGAUGCUUAAAGCGGACGCAAAGACCGCUUUCUUACAGGGACAUGCCUCACAACAGUCUAGACAAAUCUUUGGCAUGCCUGUCAAAGAACUCCAGGAGGCCAUGAACUUGCCUGAAGGACAAGCAGUCCAAUUUCUCAAAGCAGCCUACGGCAUCACCAUUGCACCGAGGGAAUUUUACCUCUACGUCCACGACAUCUUGGUGAAGCUUGGCGUGGAAAGGUUGAAGAGUGAGCCGUGCAUUUGGCGACUCCGAGCUUUGAACCCUCUGACAGGUCGUCAAGAGACCAUUGGAGUGGUAGCUGCCCAUGUGGACGACUUCCUCAUAUUGGGCGAUGAGUCAAAUGCCAAGUGGUGCAAGUUCAUCGAGGACUUCCACAAGUCUAUGAAAUGGUCACCGUGGGAAGUGGCACCCUUCCAGCACUGUGGAGUUCAACUGUCACAGGGCGCAAAUGGCAAUUGGACUUUAAGCCAGCGCGAAUUCUGCGAAGGUCUCAACCAAGUGGAAGAAGAUGGACAAGGAAAAGAUCUCACUGACAAUGAGAUCAGACAAUGCAGAGCAGUCCUUGGCUCAGCACAAUGGAGAGUGUACCAGACGGCACCACACCACGCUGCAAAACUCAGCCACCUGCAAUCAUUGCUGCCCAAAGGUGACAGAAGCACCCUGAAAGAAGUCAACAAAUUUGUCCGCGAACUUUAUGGACAACGAGAUGUCACUUUGGAAAUGCAUGAUCUGCAAGCUGAUUGUGAUGCAGAUUUGGUAGCAGUUGGCUGGUCAGACGCAGCACUGGCAAACCGUGUUGACUUGGCAAGCACGGGCGGCAUGAUCAUGGUUGAAGAAGGAGUUCAAGGACCAGUGAAUUUGAUGAGUUGGUCGAGCUCCAAACUUCGACGAGUUUGCCGUUCCAGUUUGGCUGCAGAGACCCAAGCCCUUGCGGAGACAGAGCAGGAACUGAUGUUCGGCAUCCUUGUGACCGACGCCAAGGCCCUGUACGACUCCAUCCAGCAGGGAGACCUCCCUUCAUUUUCCUCCAAAGAAAAAUACACGGCAUUAGAAGUCUUGAGUUUGGUCCAAAAUCUUCAGGACCAAGAUACUCAACUACGGUGGGUGAACUCCGAUAUGCAGUGGGCCGAUUCGCUCACAAAGACUGGCUCACAAGAUCGUAUGGGAAGUUUUCUUCAAAAUGGACAACGCUGGUCUUUGGCCUAUGACCCAAACUUUGUGGCGGCGAAGAAACUACGUGCAGCUGCUGGAGCAGGCAAGACGCCUGACCUAGACGUAGGACUUGCCGAUUGUAGCUGGCUGGACAUCAUGAAUCAUGGUUCUGACCAACGGGGCAUGUCAGAUCUUCAGCUUCAGGUGGUGCCUGACAGGCCAUACCGGCCUCUUGCGCGUGGAAAACUACGCUGUUGCGGCCGUGCUGAUACAGCGCAAAUCGAGAAGUGUAACACCAACCUGAAACCCGUGACUUAG